AUGAGUUCCUCCCCUGCAGCACCGGGCGGCCACACCCACUACACAGUCCUCUGUCUCACCCGCAAGCUGCUGCAGGAACAAGCCGCAGAUCAGUCGCAACAAGUCAUCAAGCGGGCCUACCACAGGGCUCUUCUCCAGAACCACCCGGAUAAAUACCCACAACUAAAGGGUGACGGAUCUACACCCUCAGAUUCGGCAAGCUCAAGGUCGCCAGCGAAAUCUGACGUCUUGACAAUUGAUCAAAUUUCCACGGCAUACAAGGUCCUGUCGGAUACCAAGCUCAAGGCGGACUAUGACAGGUCUCUCGAUCUCGCACCCAACAACCAAGGCUUAAAGCGGGAGGAGGCGUUCCAGACGGGUAUCGAGAACGUGGAUCUUGACGAUUUGGAAUUCGACGAAGGACAGGAGUGUUGGUACCGCAGCUAUAAGUGA